CACAAAUUAAGUUACAUCGUUCACAGCAGCAUUGACCCAAUGAGUAUGAAGAAGUUCCGCAUUGAUCCUAACACCGGCACACUCUACACAGCAGAACGGCUGGAUCAUGAAACCCAGGCCCAUCACACUCUCACCAUCAUGGUGAAAGAUCAGGAGUUCCCGUACCGCCGCAAUCUGGCUAGAGUUAUGAUUACAGUGGAAGAUGCUAAUGACCAUAGUCCGUAUUUCACCAGCCCGCUGUACGAGGCCUCCGUGUUUGAAUCUGCUGCUAUCGGCUCUGCUGUUAUACAAGUCACUGCCCUGGACAGAGACAAAGGAGAAAAUGCAGAACUUAUCUAUUCUAUUGAGACAGGUAACACUGCAAACACAUUUAAAAUUGAGCCAGUAUUGGGCAUCAUCACUGUUGCCAAAGAACCA